AUGGACUUUCCGCCGUCGCCUGCAACUAGCGUCUGCGACUCUCUGGAUGGGAUUGAGGAUCUGGAUGCCUUUCUUGCCCUUCAAGGACCGAUCUCUGGAUUGCCAACACCGCCAAUGGAUCGGAGUGCAGUAACAUUCGAUGAAACUGCGACCGAAGAAGCCGAAGAUAUUGCAGACCGUCGUCGCGUCACGGCACUCUUCGCGGGUUGUGUAGGCGACUUGACAAGGGCUAGCUAUGGAACCCCUCCACAUGUCGACGUCAAGCGAAUACAGCACAUCAUCGACCUGGCAAGGCGGCGGACUUCCCGCGAGGUUUGCGUCGUGGCUUAUAAUAUUCUUUGCGAAUUGCGAGAUUUGGCAGAGUUAAAAUCAAAUUCCCCAAUCACUCUACCUGCGGACACCUUGAUCAUUUGCGCCAUGCAGCUCGCUUCAGAUUUCCUCGAUGACAGGCCAAUAUCUAACCACUACUGGAACGAGGGGGCAUCAGGGGUUUGGCCAAACGAUUCGAUGCAAAGCUCGAAGCUGAACAUGCUGUUCGCGAUCGACUGGCGGCUUCAUGCGCUGAGCACGCUCGAACGCAUCGAGCACACAAUGUCUGUCUUCCUUGGGGACACAGCUCUUUCACCUGACUGGAAUGCAUGUGUGGUGUGA